UUCCAUAUGCGCAUGCGUAUUCAUCUGUGGAGUGCUAAUGUCAAUGCACUAAGGCGCGACGUGUAACUCAAACUUUCCGCCCCGCCUUUUUUAUGCAUAUAUCAGCGGAUGUCCUGUGCCACCCUCGUAUCUACUGAGAAUGAGAUAAUUUAGGUCUUUUUAGUUCGUAGCAACCUUCGAGGAAUACCGCUAUACCAAUAAUUGAGCAAAGUGUUUACCAAUGGACUGAACAGUUCAAAAGUGAUCAAGUGAGUGUGAAGGAUGAGGAAAGAGCAGAGCAUCCAGUUAGAGCUGUUACCCUACAAUACCAUAGAAAAAAGAUAAAAUUCCUCCAACAAUGCAGAUCCGUUGGUACAAGAAACGCAUAACUGCUGUUUCUAUUGCAGCAAUUGUGCUUUAUUUUAUCUUUCGUUCUCAAGAGCACAGUGCCAUUUUUAAAAUUAUCAUACGAGAUACUAAACCAGCUGAUGUCUGGGAGUAUGUUGCUGAUUUUAGUAACAUGAAGAAGCUCAAUCCUACAAUUGUAGACUUCAGCAUUUUGACAGAGAGUGGUAACUAUGAUCACUGGAAAUAUUCUGCUGAAUAUAAAGAAUUUCUGCCACAUGCACCAUUUAUCCACCACUCCACUCAUGCUGAAUUUGAAGUACGACAAGAUGGAGAGUCUUACAUAAUCAACUCAAAUCAUAGCACAUGCUUUUUUAAGGGUGUGGCUUGCUUUCCUGCAACAUCUGAAUUCAUGUUUUCCAAAUUAGGGCCAAAUACUCUCUGUGUUGAGCGGGUGACUUAUAAGUGCCCAUUUUUGUUUGCAAGAAUGUGUCAAAAAGAUGUGGAUUACCAGAGAAGUUCAGUAAUGCGAAAUUUGGAGAAACAAUUCACAGUUAAGAAAAAAGUUAAGAAAAGCUAGAGGAAACAGAUGUCUUAACAAUUAUACUGGAAACCGUAUGGUUACGUAGCUGAACAACACUGAUUAGUUUGUGCUGCCCUACUUAUCUCUAUAAUUUUUUAUGUCAGCUAUGAUGUAUGACUGAGAAAGUCAGUUGAACAGAAGACAAAGGUGCUUUGAAAAAUAUAAUUUUAAUAACAAAAAUUAUCAUAGAAUUAGUGUGUUAGAGACUUUUCAGUAUUUCAUGUUAGUAAGUGUCACUAAUAUUUUUAUAUAAAUUUUUGUACUUGUGCAUAAAAUUUGUAUUUAUAUUAUGCAUUUUUAGUAUUAAUGUUUACAGCAUAAUUAAAUGGUUUAUUGUA